GUCACGGUGACGGACAGGGCGCGGAGGCGAGGAGGCGUUCCACAAGAGCGAGCAGGCAGUAAGGCGUCAGCCUGCUAGAUUGUCGAUUGGGCUGGAGACGCGGGCCGGUUUCUCGGUCUGGGCAGCCCGAGCGAGUUAUGGGGGCGCAGCUGAGCACCUUAGGAAGAAUUGUGGUCUAUCCAGUAUGGUUUGUGUACAGUUUGAUCGCCAGACUUUUCCAGAAGUCUCAGCCAGCCAUUACCCUGGAGAGUCCAGAUGUGAAAUACCCACUAAGGCUGAUUGACAAAGAGGAAAUUAGCCAUGAUACAAGAAGAUUUCGUUUUGCCCUUCCCAGUCCAGAGCAUAUUCUAGGCCUUCCUGUCGGGCAGCAUAUUUACCUUUCUGCGAGGAUUGAUGGGAAUCUGGUAAUCAGACCCUACACACCGGUCUCCAGUGAUGAUGACAAAGGUUAUGUGGAUCUUGUUGUAAAGAUUUAUUUCAAAGGUGUUAAUCCAAAAUUCCCUGAAGGAGGAAAAAUGUCCCAGUACUUGGAACACUUAAAGAUAGGGGACACAAUUGAUUUCCGUGGGCCCAGUGGACUACUCAUGUACAAGGGGAAAGGAGUAUUUGCCAUUCGACCAGACAAGAAGUCUGAACCAGUGAUUAAAUAUGCAAAGUAUGUUGGGAUGAUCGCAGGCGGGACAGGAAUUACACCAAUGCUGCAGCUCAUCCGAGCUGUUGUGAAGGACAAAGAUGAUCCCACCAUCUGUUACUUACUGUUUGCCAACCAGACUGAGCAAGAUAUCUUGUUACGCCCAGAAUUAGAAGAAAUCCAGGUUCAGAAUUCAAGCCGCUUUAAACUGUGGUACACGUUGGAUAGAGCAUCUGAAGGUUGGAAUUACAGCCAAGGGUUUGUGAAUCAAGAGAUGAUCAAGGACCACAUGCCUCCGCCAGCAGAUGAUGUUCUUAUCCUGAUGUGUGGCCCUCCUCCAAUGAUCCAGUAUGCUUGCAUUCCUAACCUAGAUAAGCUGGGAUAUACCAAGGAGGCAAGAUUUGCUUACUAAUGUGGGUUGUUAAUAAGCUGAAAAGGAAUGUGCUAAGUGGGAGAAAGGGAAAGGAAGAGCUUUGGACAAGGGGGAGCAGAAAUGGGCUGGUGGGUAUUAGUGAAAAGCUGCAUUCAGAGGGCUGCUCAGUUAUCUAUGUGAGUUCAGUGUCUUAUUAGUGCUGCACUGAGAAUUCUGUAGACGAAUGUCUAUGGUAUUUUGCUUUGCUACAUUUAACUAGCUUUUUUAUAAAGGCCACUGGAUUACGUCUGACUCUUUCCUCAUUGGAUAAACUUAGUGUAUCCAGGCUGUUGUUUCACCAAAGAGUUUUUCCUAACAGCACUUGUGUCUGAUACCCAGGUGGAAAAGCACAUCUGCGCGUGAAGCAUUUUGUUUGUUGUAACUGUCUGGUUGCUACAGUGGGAAAGUUGAAGAAAGCUGCACUUAAACACGUUAGCCAUGCAGAAUUUUUAUAUUGCCUUUUUGCAAAGACUGCAAUCUAGCUGUUGGAAUUUGUUAAUGCAUACAAAAUAUGCUCAGACUUUACAUGUAUUUGCAAUGCAUUAACAACAUUUUCGAGAACGCAGAGGUGAUUUGUUGCCUUGUUACAGAUUUGUGUUUAAAGUCUGUUGUUUCCCAGCUUCUUCCUUUAUUACAUCAUUCCCAAUGCAAAGCAUUUCAAAAUGCUAGACUUUGUACAUGUGUAUUGGGGGGGGGGUAUUGCUUUCAGUUGUAUUUGGGUUCAGUAUCACCUUCUAGACUGACAAGAUUCCUAAAUGUUAAUGAUGAUUCCAAAAACUUGUUGGUAAGAACUUCAGAUAUCAUGUGUGCUUUAAAUUAGUCCUUUCUUAUAGUAAUUAUUAACUAGUGGGCUUCAAGUUGUAAAAAAACGGCUUAGACACACUUUCCCAAAAUGAUUUAUAAUGAUCCUGUGAAAAUGCACAGAUAUAUGUUAGGGUCUUCUGUUUGCAAAUCAAUAACAUGACUUAAUUCUUUCCAGGCUUCAUUAUUUUUGAAUUCAGAUCAGGACUAUGCGAGCUGGGAAGGGCUCUGGUUCAGUCUGUAUUGAACUGGAGAAAAGUUGGGCCAGAUACUGGGAGGGCACUAGUGGAGCUUCCCUUCACUCCAGUGUGAGUUGCACAGGAGAUGUUCUUGGGAAGGCGAGCCUAUGAACUAUUGUUGGCAUUUAAAGUUUGUGUCCAGGUAGAUCUUAAGUAAGUCUUGUCCAUCUUCAAGCAAGCCUAUUGUAUUAGCAAGAGCAAAGCCACAUCCCUCCUCCAGGGUGGAGCUGGGCAUGAGCCUUGCAGAGACUUCAAAAAUCAGCUGCAUAAGGGCUGAAGCUUGCAAGAGCAGGAGAGAAGGGCAAUGCUGAAGUUCUGUGUAGCAUCCUUGAGCAGAACAAAUAGGGUCCCAGCCUAUUUGCUUAGGCUGAGCAUUUUCUACCAGCAUUCCCCAUUAGCAGAGUAUGGCAGUAGAGAAAGCAAAGCAAGGCAAAGAGGAAUAUAGUAUGAACCCAUUGAGGAAUAACUAUUUUUCUGGAACUAGCUGAUUGAAUUGCUCUUGCAGCAGAAAGAAAAUCAGGAAAGUAAAAGUUAACCAUCUCUUUGCUUCAUUUUUCAAAAACACAGUGGGGCAAAGGAGCCUUAAGACCUUUUCGUAAAUGUAUUUUUGGGAUGCAGCUUACUUCCUCCGUUUUGUAUCACUUUGCCUUUUCCAUUAUGGAAUUUUUCCAUAUAGAAGUGCUAGAAAAAAAAUAAAACUUUUUUUCCCCUC